CUUGGUGUUUUAUUUUAUACACUUUAUUAUCCCUAGAUACCCUGCAUAAAAAGCUUUCCCUUUUCAUUUAUUUGCAGAUGGUAUACUCGUGAUGAACAACAGUGACAAACUGGUGUUUAAAUGUAUGGGAUGUCCAGAAGAAUUUAGCGGAUUUCAACAAUUCAAACGACACUCUUAUAAACUUCACAAGGCAGUCAUGAAGUGUAAACUUUGUGGGGACAACUUCGAUAGCAAGGCCAAAUACACAUAUCAUGUGCUACGGAAGCAUUAUAAUGUUUCUCGUUUAGAGAUGAAUUUUAAAGUUCAGCCAGCUCAUAAAAGAAAGGAUACUCCUUGUUCAUAUUGUGAAAGGGUGUUCAGAAAUUCUACUGUGAUGGGUUACCAUGUAAAGAAGUGUCACACAAAGGAAGUCCAGGCAACAUGCAGUACAUGUAAAACUGAAUUUUUUGAUGUAGUUUCAUUUAAAAGCCAUUUCCUAAACAAUACAAAAUGUGCUAAAAGUCGUCCAAAAAAAUUUCGUUAUAUUGUAUGUGAUUUAUGUGGCAUGAUGAAAAGUGCCCCGAAAGCUUUAAGAAGCCAUAUGGCUUGGGUACACAAUCGAGAAGAAAGUAAAUGCGAUAUCUGUCACAAACUUCUCAAGUCUAAACCUGCUUUAGAAUUACAUCAUCAGCUAAAACACAACAAAACUCAUCUAUGUACAGACUGUGGGAUGACUUUUGGGACUGUGCAUAUUUUACGUAAUCAUAUGAGGAUACAUACUGGGGAUAAGCCAUUUAAGUGUAAAACAUGUGAUAUUGCAUUUACACACGGGGGGAGUCUAUCUAAACAUCAUCAAUCUAAAGGACACAAAGAGAAGGCAGCAAAAGAAUUGGCAUCUUUGCAGUAA